AUGUCCGAAUCAGCGGGUGCAAAUGCCCCCAAACCAAGCAGCAGCGUCAAGCUCGUGUUGCUGGGAGAGGCCGCUGUGGGAAAGUCUUCCCUCGUCCUUCGAUUUGUCAAUAAUGAUUUCCAAGAGAACAAGGAGCCAACGAUCGGCGCUGCCUUCCUUACACAGAAAUGCACUCUCCCCUCGCGCACAAUUAAGUUUGAGAUCUGGGAUACCGCAGGCCAGGAACGCUUCGCGUCGCUCGCCCCAAUGUACUACCGCAACGCUCAAGCCGCUCUCGUGGUCUACGAUGUUACCAAGCCCUCUUCGCUAACCAAGGCAAAACACUGGGUGGCCGAGCUCCAGCGCCAGGCUAGCCCCGGGAUUGUCAUCGCCCUUGUCGGUAAUAAGCUGGACUUGACCAACGACGGCGGCGAUGCCUCAGCUGCUCUCGAUGCCGAGUCUGAAUCGGCUGCCCCUGGGGAUGAGGCAGCUGACGAGGAAGGUGAGCAGGAUACAACUCCUGGUGACGCCCGGAAAGUGUCGACCCGCGAAGCGACCGGUUAUGCCGAAGAGGAGGGAUUGCUGUUCUUCGAGACCAGUGCGAAGACCGGAACUAAUGUGGUGGAUGUGUUCACGGCUAUUGCCAAUGCUAUCCCAGAAAGUAGCUUGAAGACCGGCCGUGGUGCAGCCGGAGCUGGCCAGACUACGCUAGGUGCCCGUUCUGGGGAGGAUUCUCGAGUUAAUCUGGGUGACCGAAAUGCUGCGACAGCCAAAGAGGGCUGUGCUUGUUGA